CGGGCAGUCGAGGUUGCAGCAGGCAGAGGGAGACGGCGGAGGUAACGCAGGGAGGCAGCAUCAUGGCGGACAGAGACAGUGGCAGUGACCACGGAGGGCCCAUGGCAGGCCCCGGAUCGCUGCCCCCCGGCGCGAUGGGCGCCUUGUCCCGGCUGCAGCACGACACCGAAGAGCUCGCCUCCAAGCGCGUCGACAUCCAGAACAAGCGCUUCUACCUUGACGUGAAGCAGAAUGUUAAAGGCCGCUUCCUGAAGAUAGCCGAGGUCGGUGCUGGGGGAAACAAGAGCCGCCUCACUCUCUCCAUGUCCGUGGCCGUGGAGUUCCGCGACUAUCUCGGGGACUUUAUCGAACAUUACGCGCAGCUGGGGCCCACCAACCCGGACAUGGUGCAGGAUGAGCCCCGGCGCGCGCUGAAAAGCGAAUUCCUGGUGCGGGAGAACCGCAAAUACUACAUGGAUCUGAAAGAGAACCAGAGGGGGCGGUUCCUGAGGAUCCGACAGACCGUUAAUCGGGGGCCCGGAUUGGGAAGCGCGCAAGGCCAGACCAUCGCUCUCCCGGCGCAGGGUCUGAUCGAGUUCCGCGACGCUUUGGCCAAACUCAUCGACGACUACGGCGUGGACGAGGAGCCGGCGGAACUCCCGGAGGGCACCUCGCUGACGGUCGACAACAAGCGCUUCUUCUUCGACGUGGGCUCCAAUAAAUACGGAGUCUUCAUGCGGGUCAGCGAGGUGAAGCCCACCUAUCGGAACUCCAUAACGGUUCCGUGCAAAGUGUGGUCCAAAUUCGGCAACACCUUCUGCAAAUACGCGGAGGAGAUGAGGAAGAUCCAGGAGAGGAGUCGAGAGAAGCGGGCCUCCGAACUGCUGCCCGAGGGCCCGCACGGAGCCGACGACGGCGACGACGACUGACGCGGACCGAGCCCGAACUCUCAGUUUUCAGUGUAAAAUAGAUGGAGAAAAUCCAAGGGAAUCACCCCACACACACAACCUCCACAGACACGGCAGCAGCCGUGCUGCCCGCUCGCUCAUUUGACUGGAUGUCACCCCACUUUAUCCACCCGUGGAACAGUAAGCCGCUGCUAUCAAGGAUCGAACUGUAAGAUACGAAACUGUUUCCUACUUGAUUUAAAUGACAAUGAAAGAGUGUUUCUAUCUCUAUCAAACGCCAGAUUUUGCACACAUCAAAGCUAUUUAAAAAAAAAAAAAAAACAUGUUUUCAAAGUGGUAAUAAUGUACUAAGAUUUAAUCAAGAGUCAAACCAGAGGAUCUAUGAUGUAAAAAUUAGUCUUUAUUUGACAUCAGCACAAAGAGAAUAAUAUACAUGAUGGACUUUAUGAAACCAAAAUCUGAUACCAGAUGUAUAGUUUAUUAUAAAGGUACAGUAUGUGUGUGGCAGAAGGCAGCACUGCAGGCCUGGAAACACGUGUCAGAAACACGUGGGCACGCAAGGAGAAUUAUGAC